AUGCCAGUGAACCUCCAAAUGCUCAAGCUCUUUCAUAAAUCCCUCUCCCCUAAACCUUACCAAAUCUAUCACUUAUUAGCCAAAAAUCUAUGCACCACAUCUGAGUUGCCCCUACAUACUCAUGACUCGUCCAACUUGCCCGAGUCUCCUGAUCUCCCAACUUGGCUCUGCAACAGCCAAAACCUCUCCGACACAGGUGAUGGAGAUUUUGUUGUCCCUUCGCUUGCCAACUGGGUUGAAAAUCCCAACCUUGAAACCGACAGAAAAGUGACCAGACCCUUGCUAUUCGAAUCAGAGGUUAGCAAUGUGGAUAAACUUGGUGAAAUCCUUAAAAAACCCUACCUAUCUGAAGAUGCUGUUGUCAAGGCGUUGAAUGAGAGUCGUAUCGAUGCAACAAAUGAGUUGGUUUCACAGAUUUUGAUGAGAUUUAACAAUCAUUGGGUCUCGGCUUAUGGGGUUUUCAUUUGGGCAAAUAAUCAAACGGGUUAUGUGCAUACUCCUGAGUUAUAUGAUUCCAUGAUUGAUAUAUUAGGGAAGUUCAACAAGUUUAGUAUUAUGUGGAAGUUGGUUGAGCAAAUGAAAGGGUUAGAUGGGUUUGUUUCAUUGGCGACAAUGAGCAAGGUAAUGAGGCGGCUUGCUAAAGCUCGCAAGUAUAAAGAUGCUAUUGAUGUAUUUAGAGGAAUUGAGAAAUAUGGUGUUACCAAAGACAAAGAGGCAUUAAAUGCCUUAAUGGAUGCAUUGGUGAAGGAGGGCAGUGUUGAGGAUGCUCAUGCUGCGUUUUUAGAGUUUAAGGAUUGUAUAACUUUGGAUUCUAGUACUUUCAAUGUUUUGAUACAUGGAUAUUGCAAAGCACGGAUGCUAGUUAUUGCAAGAAAGACAAUGGAAGAAAUGGAGAAACACGGGUUUCACCCUAACGUUGUUUCAUACUCUUGUUUCAUAGGAGCAUAUUGUGAACAGAAGGAUUUUAGAAAUGUAGAAGCUAUUUUUAAUGAGAUGCAAGAAAAGGGUUGCAAGCCUAACGUCAUUACAUAUACUACCGUUAUGCAUGCUUUAGGAAAAGCAAGGCAGCUAAAUGAAGCUUUGGAGGUUUAUGAGAAAAUGAAAAGAAACGGUUGUCUGCCAGAUGCUAAAUUUUAUAGUUCGUUGAUGUAUAUAUUAAGUCAGUCUGGAAGGAUAAAAGAUGCUUGGGAUGUAUUUGAGGAUAUGGAAAAGCAAGGAGUUCGUCGGAAUUUGUGGGUGUAUAAUACCAUGGUUUAUGCUGCUUGUGCACAUUCUCAAGGAGGGAGUGCUUUAAAGUUACUUGAAAGAAUGGAAGGGGACUCUUGCAAGCCAGAUGUCAAGACUUACGCACCUUUAUUGAAGACGUGUUGCAGGAAGAAGAAUAUGAAGCUGCUCAAGUUUCUUUUGAGUCACAUGUUCAAGAACAAUGUCAGUGUUGAUCUUGCUACAUAUACUCUUUUAGUGAAUGAACUUCUAAUGAAUGGUAAGCUUGAACAUGCUUGCUUCUACUUUCAAGAAGCGGUUUUGAAGGGAAUGGUUCCUAUGGUCAAGACGUACAAGAGGUUGGUGAAGGAACUUGAGCAAAAGAAUAUGACAGAAAUGAAGGAAAGGAUUGAGAAGCUGAUGAACCAGGCGAGAGAGUCAAAUAUGAUUUAG